GUGAGUCGCCCUACCAUGGCUUCAUUGUCUGCGGGCCCCAGUUUGACCUGCUCAGCAGCAGUGACAGUGACCUUGGCAGCCUUGUCUAUGCUUCCCCACUCUCACCUUUCCUUAGCCGUCCCUACUGAACACUCGUGGCUACCGGAUGAUGAACCUGUUACUAUUCUGGGACCCGUGCAACCUCAAGAUUCCGAAGUGGACGCCAAAUGGACCCGAAACGACCUGAACUCGACCUCAAAGAUCAAAACCCAAGCCGAGACGAACCUCCUUCCUGAAGACAUUACCAAGAACCCGGUGGAGAGGGACCCCGGCGCCAGUACAGCGACGCCACCGAGCACGGAUGAAGUCACCGAAGACACAACAGAGCAGGGAGCGAAGGACACACAAGAAGGGAACGGCACGCAGGGAGAUCCCGCUGGCAGUAACCCCGAGAUGCGACUGCCCGGGAACGUGAAGCCGCUGCACUAUGUUAUCAAACUGCAGCCAUUCAUCAACGGGAAUACGAGCGUGCAUGGCUUCAUGGAAGUGGAAAUUGAGGUCCUUGAACGCACGCAGACGAUCACCCUUCAUGGCGAUAAGAUGGAUUGCGAUAUGAACAGUGUGAAGCUGGUGGCUUCAGAUAAGAAAAGGAUAGUGUUAGAUUCCAUAGUUAUCGAUUACAGACAACAAUUCAUGGUGAUACGUUUAAACUCUACUCUGGAAGCAAACCGGAGAUACAACUUAUCUAUGUCCUUCAACUACUACCUCCUUGAAGAACCCAAAGGUGCUUUCAAGACACAAUUCACCAACAGCGCGGGGAUGCUGAGCGCAGUCGCAAGCACUCUCCUUCAGCCAGUCUACGCGCGGCGAGCCUUCCCUUGCUUCGACGAGCCGGGGCUGAAGGCCACCUUCGAUAUCCACAUAGCGCGGGAGAAACACAUGUCUGCCAUAUCAAACAUGCCCCUUUUAGACACCACGCCGAUGGAGGGUCAAGAAGGCUGGGUUGUGGACCGCUUCAACACGUCAGUGCCAAUGUCAACGUACCAAGUAGCCUUUGUUGUCUCUGAACUUGGGUAUUUAAAUUGCACUAUGCAACGCGAUGUUCAAAUUAGAGUGUGGGCGAGGCCGGAAUUACUCCCGCUCACCACCUACGCCCAGGCCUUGGUGCCGCGCCUCUUCAAGUUCCUCGAGGACUACCUGGGCGUCCCGUACCCGCUGCCCAAGCUCGACAUCGUCACCCUGCCCAGCUCUUUCCCUAUCGCCUUCGAAGCGUGGGGGCUCAUUCUCAAUUACGACGAAAACGUGAUCCUGUACGACGCCGAGACCUCGACCCAGGAGCAUAAGACGAAGCUGGCGACGCUCUUGGCCCACGAACUCGCCCACCAGUGGUUCGGCAACCUGGUCACGCCCUUCUGGUGGACGGACUUCUGGCUCAGCGAGGGCUUCGCUUCGUACUUCGCCACGCUGGCCUUGCGGGAGGUAGAACCCUCGUGGAAGAUGGAGGAGAGAAUGAUUUUGAAAACUCUUCACGAGGUUUUCCGCCAUGACGGCCUGCUCAACCACCCCGCCCUCAGGAUCCCCAUGUUUAACCCGAGCGACCCCCAUGGUGCCUUUUCCCGGAUCACGUACCAGAAAGGCGAAUCCAUCAUCCGGAUGAUGAACGGCUUCCUCACCGAAGACUCUUUCCGGAAAGGCAUCGUUAGUUUCCUUCGCGCAAAGAAGUAUAAGACGGCAACGAGCGAUGAUUUAUGGCAUCACCUGACGCUCCAAGCCCACAUGGAUGGCACUCUAUCCAGGGAUAUGUCUGUAAAGGGGCUCAUGAACACGUGGACGCUGCAGGUUGGAUAUCCUGUUGUCAAAGUCGUGAGGAGUCCAGAUGGCACGUCAGCCAACGUCACACAGAAGUUAUACCUAGCAAGGGGCCCCUUCGACCGAAACGACACCCUCGAUCACAAAUGGUGGAUUCCGCUAACGUACACAUCUCAGGGCGAGGCUGACUUUAGCCGAACCCACGACAUAACGUGGAUGAAGGAUUCCGAGGACAGCAUCACCAUCACUAACCUCCCCCCGAAGGACCAGUGGGUCAUCUUCAACCUUCAGGAGACUGGGUACUACAGGGUCAACUACGACGACCACAACUGGGACCUCCUCACCCAGCAACUGAAGAACGACCACAGAGUUAUCGACGUUAAAAACCAAGUUCAAUUAGUAGAUGAUGUAAUGAAUCUUGGAGUUGCGGGAGACCUGUCAUUCAGAGUGGUGUUGGAUCUUAUUAAUUCACUGAAAAAUACAACGGACUUAAAUGGCUUUGUUGUGAUUUCCAACCUUGAGUAUAUGAACCUGAUGCUGUCGUCUACGCCAAUCUAUGAAAAAUUCCAGCGCUUCCUCCUCUCCCUGCUGGCGCCCUUGUAUGCUAAUCUGGGUCUUUCUAACGGAGCUCCAUCGACUUUUGGGUCACACGUCGAAUAUCCCGAAGUAGUCCGUUGGGCGUGCGAGUUCGGCCACCCGGACUGCAUAGCGCGCGCCAAGAGUGCUUACAAACAGUUGAUGAAGGACCCAGAGAAUAGCCGCAUCCCGGAAGUCCUGAAGCCCACUGUCUUAUGCACCGCCAUUGCCCGCGGCGGACCGAACGAGUGGGCCUUCGCCUGGUCCCGCUACUUGAAAGCCCCGGAGAAGGAGAAGCAGAAGUACCUCGUCGCCCUCGGCUGCACGCGGGACUCCUUGAUCCGCGACCAGUUCAUAACAGAGACCCUGGGCAAGAGCCACUAUCUCCCCAUCACAGAUGCCAUGUAUAUCAUCAACUCACUUAGUUCGCACCCACUCGGAGGACCCACCGGCUGGACUUUCCUUCAGAGCCACUGGGACGUCGUGACCAAUACGAUCGGCGACCAAUACUAUUUCAUCAAAGUUCUCCUAGAGAUGGCAACCAAAUCCUUCAAUACGGAAGAACAGCGACUGAAGGUGCAAGAGUUUCUGCAAUGUCACGUGAUCGACGAAGCCACGACGCGGUUCCUGAAGCCAGUGGUCAGCCAGACCGCGAGGAACGUGGCUUGGAUGCAUCGGAACUACGAGGUUAUAUCGCAGUGGCUUGACGAGAACGGUUUCUCUGACAUCAAUAUCUGAGUUGUUGGUAUUGUCGUUUUCUUUUAUUCCACAUGCCGUUGAGAGAUAACGUAUUUAUUCUUAUUUUUUUCUAUUUAUAAUGUAUUGGAGAGAGCAGAUUAAAAAUAUAUAUAAAAAGGUUU